AACCACAGAAGAUAAACACUGGUCAUAAAUAAAGUGGGAACGCGUUAGGUGUUUUUUUUUUUGUUUUGUUUUCUUUUUUGCUUUAUUAAAUGGAAUAUAAAGAACAAUAAGUAAUGAAUGCGAUUAAGAAUAACUUGAUGCUUUAGAAGUUACCGGGAGGUUCGGUUCGGUACUGCUUCUAGACAAAUCCCGAUCCGGUAGGGGCGGGACUACGGCGCAAAACCCGGUGAGGAGCCGGAACCGGAAAUAGACAGCACGUGACAGCGUCGUGCUGAGAAUCCUCGUGGCAGCGACAAGCAUGAAGCGACCAAAGUUAAAAAAGGCGAGCAAGCGCAUGUCCUGCGCCAAACGUUUUAAAAUCCAGAAAAAGGUUCGAGAGCAUCACAGAAAACUCAAGAGAGCGAAGAAGAGCGGAAUCAAACGGAAGAUCAAGAAGGACGUCGGCGUCCCGAACAGUGCACCGUUUAAAGAGGAAGUCCUGCGAGAAGCAGCGCAGAAGAAGCAAGAGCUUGAAGAGCUGAAAGAGAAGAACAGAUUAGAGAAGCAGAAGGAGCGAGCUGAGAAGCGAAAGAAGGGCAAAGAAGAAAGCAGUGAGGACACGCAGGCGAAGAAAAAAAAAUUGAAAAAGGCAGAGAAAGUAAAAGCGCAGAGAGAAGUGAGGGCGGCUGUCUCAAAGCAGAAAAGCACAAAGAAGUUCAGAUGCAGCGAACUGAAUAAGGUUAUUGAGGCGUCCGAUGUGAUCUUGGAAGUCCUGGAUGCCAGGGACCCUAUUGGGUGCCGCUGCCCUCAGCUGGAGGAAGCAGUGUUAAAGCACGAGGGAAAGAAACGGCUGCUGUUUGUCUUAAACAAGAUCGAUCUGGUGCCUAAAGAAAAUCUGGGGAAGUGGGUUCAGUAUCUUAAAGCGCAGUGUCCCACGUUUGUAUUCAAAUCAUAUGCACACCUUGAGGACAGGACUGUGCUUAAUAAGAAGCAGAGAGUAUUGAGCAUUCCUGAAAACCUGUGCAGAGCAGGAAAGUGCUUCGGCUCAGAAUCUCUCAUGGAAACACUCGAGCAUUUGGCAAACAACAAAGGCAGUGAGAGCAUGCUUAACGUCGGCGUCGUCGGUUUCCCAAAUGUCGGAAAGAGCAGCAUCAUAAACAGUUUGAAAGGCAGCAGAGCGUGUCAUGCUGGAGUACAGCGAGGACUGACCAAGUGUAUGCAGGAAGUGCAUAUUUCUGAUAAGGUGAAGAUGAUCGACAGUUCAGCCUUAUUGGCAGCUCCGUCUAACUCUGGCGAAAAGCUGGCUCUAAGGAGUCUGGAGGUGGAUGAGAAAGAGGUGAAUCCUCUUGAUGCUGUCAACAGUUUGCUGAAAGAGUGCAACCAACAGCAAAUCAUGUUGCAGUACAAUCUCCCCAACUACAGAAAUUCACUGGAGUUUUUGACCACAUUUGCCAAGAAGCGUAGCUUGUUUCAGAAGGGUGCGCUUCCCAACACAGAGGAGGCGGCACGUAUUUUUCUCAAAGACUGGACUGGGGCUAAACUGAGCUUCUUUAGCAAAGUACCGGAGAAACAAGGCCUUCCACCACAUCUCACGGAGGCCAUGGUUAGAGAAACUCAGGCAGGUCUGGACUUGGACCGAAUAAACACGGCAAACGUGCAGAUUAUUAAAUGUGUGCAAAAUCCAAAACUAUCUAGCACUAUAGUGUUCAAUUCAAAGGGCAUGACUGCUGGAAUUCUGGAUGUCUGCGAAAUCCCAGAGGAAAAACAUGCACCGGGGGAGGAGGAGGAGGAGGAUGAAGAAGACAGUGAUGAGGACAUUUUUGAGGAAACAGAAGAAAUGGAGGACACUGAAGAGAUCCCUGAAUCCAAGAAAACCAAAACUCAAAUAACACGUAAACAGAAGAACGGAAAGGUAAACCCUGCCUCGGUCAACAUUGACCUGUUGGCUGCUCAGAAGAAUGACAACGAUGCCUACGAUUUUGGCACAGACUUUGUAUAAGAGCUCGUAUCUACCCAGGCAAGGUUUUAUACCUGGAAGAAUGAGUGUGCGUCAUUGUGAUAUCAAAAGCGUAUAUUAUUCACUGACUGAAACAGCUGGCUAAAAACACUUUUGUCAGUCUGAGGCAACCUGUUGUAUAUAGAACCGGAUAAUUAAACCUAAGUUUCUGUA